UCAUGGCUUAAGAGGGACAAGAAGGCUCCAAGAUGCGGCGAUGCCAGGCCAAACUCUGGCUCUGGUCAUCCAGUCCAGCCCUGCUGCCAUCAAGAUUUGGGAUGUCAGUAGGGAGAAGUCCUUGGAUGAAGUGUGUCAAAGCCAGGGAAGCCACGUGUGGGCAAAGGCGGCACUGGCGGACUUCGAUGCCAAGCGCGCCCUGAUUUGUACACGCCAAUCCUUCUUGGAGCUCUGGGACUUGAGACAGCUGGCCGGUCCCGUGGCCGUCAGCGGCCGUGAUGUGGGCGGAAGCCCGCAGGCGCUGCGCUACGCUGCCGGAGAGCAUGGGCCAUUGGCGUUGUCCGCUUCUCCGGACGGCGUUUUGCACGUAGUAAACCUGGAGAGCCAGUCUGGACGGCUCAAUGUGUCCAGAACGUUGCCGGGGCACCGCGAAGAAGUGGUAUGGGCUUCAGUAGACUGGGGAGCUUCUGAUCGCCGGUGCAUCAAGGCAGCAACCAUCUCCCUGGACCAGGAUGUUUUGUUGUGGGAAGUGCCAUGGUCAUCACUACAGGCAACUGAGAGCCUUCGCUCGAAAAAAGGUGGACGGGCGGCCAAUGCAGAUGCAGGCAAUUCUGGCUGGAAAGUAAGACAGCUUGGCACGAAACAUGCCUAUCGGACACGUGUGGUUGCGCAUGACGCAGCGUCCCAGUCCGAUGGAGUUUCAGCAUUGACUGGCUCUUCGUGCGGCAACAUAUAUGCUUGGAAGGUGACUGCAGAUCCUGUGGGUGUUGUGGCCGGACAGCUCACCGCGCAUACGGACCAAAUCUCCACGCUGUCGGUGGACUGGAAGCAAGGUAUGGCUGUGAGCGGUUCUUGCGACGCCACCAUGCGGAUUUGGAAUGUGCGGCUGCAGACAUGCGAAGGAAUCCUGCCUCAUCCGGGUUCAGUUCGGACCGCUAUUGUGGACUGGGCAAAUCAACGGGCAGUCAGCACGUCAACAGACGAUGCGGCUCGAGUUUGGGACUUGGAGGUGAUAGAGAGUGAAAUGAGGCCGCACGCUAUUCUGCGCACACAAGACGGAGUCAUUCGAGAAGCAAUCGCAUCUUUCUCCACAGGUUGUGCAGCAUUUGUUGCGCGUUGCGGCAACGCAGAGUUUUGGGAUUUGGAGUCGCAGGUUUGCACCGCCAGGCUUCAAAGCCAUCCGGGUACAUUGUAUUCAUUUCACCUCGGUGCUCCCGAUGUGCAACAAGCAACUGCAGAGGAGCCAGGCGAUCGUCGCCCUUCCCAGCAUCGCAGGGAUGAUACUUGUGGGGAGUUGCAAGCCGACUGGCCAACGAUUACACCAGCUCAGGCUAUUUCUUGUGGGAAAGGCUGGUGUCGAUCAGUGCUGUGAUAUGACUGAAUUGAAGCAUGGCCGAACUGACGCAUAUGGAAGCUUUCAAUUUCCGGAAGCCUCAAGUCGCAAUUGGAUGGGGCCAAUCCCUCCCAGCAUCGAGUCAAAUGUUGGCUUCCAGUCUGCAAAAUGGUAGCAGCUUCUCUUCGGCGACUACGCAUGUGCUGCGAGAUGUGCUCUCCGUUUGCUUUUCCGAGUCUGCAGGUCUUAGCGAGGGCUCCUGGCGGGCCCAGCCCAGCGGAGGUGAAGCCCGGCGGAGGUGGAGCCCGGCGGAGGUGGAGCCGAGCUGCAUGAUCAUUCGGAAGACAUGCUGAUCACGCCUUGGAUGAUGCGAACUUGGUGAGAAGGCAAGGCAGGUCCAGCUUGUUCUAGCUCUGUACAUGUAGUCAUGCAAUUCUUUGCAGCACUAUUUCUCACUGUUUGCUACAGAAGCUGGAAGGAUGCGAGCGUUGGCAAAAACACG